GGCGGCUAGAGCAAAGGGAUUGGUGGGGAGGUACCUAAGAUGGAUCGAUCGGCGGGAUUGAUGGAUAUGUGUGCCUGGUGGUGAGUAUAUAUACCCCGUUCGGCAUUGAUUGUUUCACGAUCGACUCUUAGUUUUGAGGACAUCUCGAAAGAUCUACUACUGGUUCUAUCUUUCAAUAUUCGCAAUGGUCAAGUUAAUUCCCCUCGCAACGCUGGCUAUCGCCAGUCUGGCUGUCGCAAGCCCAACGGUCUAUUUGAUUCGCCACGGUGAAAAGCCCGAUUCAGGUAAUGGCUUGAGCACACAGGGCUUGGAGCGUGCGCAGUGUCUGCGGACCGUUUUCGGUGCCAGCUCUGGAUAUAACAUCGGGCAUAUUAUGGCUCAGACGCCGAAGAGUAGUGGAAAACGUCAACGCCCCUAUGAUACCGUCGAACCAUUGGCCGAAGAUUUGGGCCUCACUGUGGACACAUCUUGUGAUCGCGACGAUCCCGCAUGCGUGAAGGACGUCGUGGACGGGUAUACUGGUUCUGGCAAUAUCCUGAUCUGCUGGGAGCAUGAUGCGUUGACGGAUAUUGUUGCCGAGUUGGGUGAUAGUGAUGCGCCGACUUAUCCUGAUGAUAGUUACAAUAUUAUUUGGACCGAUCCGUCGCCGUAUACAGCUAUCACCGCUGAGACGAGCGAGAACUGUGCUGGAUUGGACAGUUAGACUUCUGCAUUUUACGAGAUUUUUGCGUGGUGUGGAUGUGUAUUGGUGCGAUAGAGAGAUGCUAUAUACUGAGAGAUAGUUUUAAGAAGCAUGAAACACGCAAGAGUAUUGAAG